GGUUCAGCGAAGUGAUUCAUCAUGGAGGGGUGCGGUAAACGGGAAGUGGUGCUGCUUCACUUUACAAACAUUUCCAGCCGUGCCGAGUUCACUGCAGGGUGUAUGUGUGUCUGUGUGUGUGUGUGUAUGUAAGUAAGAGAGAGUUAGAGAGAGAGCUUUAAGGAAAUUCUUGCAAUAACCUAAAGUUGGUCUAAUAAUUAAUUAAUUUAAAGUUUCUACACGGUGUCGGUUUGUUUUUUAUUUUUAUUUCUGGAAGCGUUUGUGUUUUGUUUUUUUUCCCCCCAGCACAUUAAGGUUCUCCAACUGGUUCAGCAAGAGGCCCUCACUAUGUCUGAUGGGGACUACGAUUACCUCAUCAAGUUCCUAGCCCUGGGGGAUUCUGGGGUGGGAAAGACCAGCUUCCUGUACCAGUACACGGACGGCAAGUUCAACUCUAAAUUCAUCACCACAGUGGGAAUCGACUUCAGAGAAAAGCGGGUGAUGUACAAGUCCAGCGGGCCUGACGGUGCAGCGGGGCGGGGCCAGAGGAUACACGUUCAGCUGUGGGACACGGCCGGCCAGGAGAGGUUCAGGAGUCUGACGACGGCCUUCUUCAGAGACGCCAUGGGUUUCCUGUUGCUGUUCGACCUGACGAACGAGCAGAGCUUCCUCAACGUCAGGAACUGGAUGAGUCAGCUGCAGAUGCACGCGUACUGCGAGAACCCCGACAUCGUGCUGUGUGGGAACAAGUGCGAUCUGGAGGACCAGCGAUUCGUGAAGGAGGAGGAGGCUCGAGAGCUCGCCAGUAAAUACGGGAUCCCGUACUUCGAGACGAGCGCGGCGAACGGCGAGAACGUGGCCCAGGCCGUGGAGGUCCUGCUGGAUCUGAUCAUGAAGCGUAUGGAGAGGUGCGUGGACCGGUCGUGGAUCCCCGACGGCACCAUGCGCUCCAACGGGCACAGCGGGAGCGAGAUGCUCGAACCGCCGACACAGGAGAAGAGCAAGUGCGCCUGCUAGUGGCCAGACGGUGCCACUGCGCCAUCUUAUUAUCAGAAAAACGUCCACUUAGAUUAGCACAUAAAACACAUUAAAGCACCACUAGUGGCCAAACGGCGCCAUUACACCUUGUUAUACUGUUAUUGAACACGGGGCUGGAUCUCACCUUUAUGCUUUAUACAGUAAUCAGGCCUGAGGGUUUCCGAAAAGAAUUACAGUACCAGUUGUUAUAAAAUAUAAAUGUAACUUGAGCUUUUAAAGCUAAACUUAAAGAUGAACUUUUAAAGCUUGGGUAAUUCAGACCAACAGAUACAAGUUUGCAUGCUCCGACACACAAAUCUGAAGCCAGUACCAUUCGAUAAACUGUCCCAAGUGUGUCAGAUUAUUCCUAAACGCUGUUCUCUUGGGUGAAGCCAGUCGUUUUCCUUCUUAAUGACUUCUGUAAAUUGCCCACUUUUUGGAUUUGAUGUGUGUGUGUGUGUGUGUGUGUGUGUGUGUUUAUAUUUUCUCACUAGAUUUAAUGGACUGUGGAUUGGACUGGGAGGGGUUCCAGUGAGAAAGUGUGCGCGUGUGUGUUACCUUUUUAUCAGGUCGACGUAAAAUAAGGACAUGUUUAAAUUAAGGAAGAAAAAAAAAGUUUCACGAGUGAUUUAUUAAAACUUUGAUAAGACAAGCCGUGAAAAACAUGAAAGGGUUGAUUUAGAUACACGCCGUUCCCUCACGCCAUGAAUAUUUAAUAAUAAUGGAAGCCUGUCACGAAGCACGAAAUCUUUGGCGUGACCGUCAACCUUAAACCACACCCACUUCUUCAGUGACGUACGACACAGUAGGACGUGACGCGCACUUCAUGCCGAGACGACGUAACCCGUCUUCACACGCUUACAAGCUCGCGCGUUUUGUAUUGGUCGUCACGUACCGUACGUGUUCUCCAGCACAGCAGGUGGCGCCGUUUAAAAUCGAGACAGUUUCCGCGACUACAGGAAGACGAUCGGUCGCUAUUCAGAGUCAUGUCCAGACGAAUCGGCUGUAACGACCACAUAGCGAAUCUGUAUGAUCCCGGUUAGCUCUGUAAUUACGUCUUAGUGUUUGCCAAACAUCAAAGCACGAGAUAGGCCGAAGUGUUUAACAAAAAUAAAGCUUCACGGUGGAGGCGGACGAUAGAAUAGAACGUUACGUAAGCGGCCAUGUUGGGCAACUGUCUUGGAAUUGCUUUUUUUUUUUUUUUUUUUUUGUAUCUCCGCUCGGUUUUGGGAUCACUACGCCUCUCUAGGCUCCGCCCCCCCAGAGUAAGUGCAAGAUUUUCUGUGAAAUAGACCUCCGUUAUUACCGAACACGUCACGUUUGAUUCUGAGUUUCCUUCCGAGGUAAAUCUCGGCUCGGUCGUUGCCUGGAAGUCGCCUUAAGUCGGGUUUUAAACGUGCGAUCAGUGAGGAGACGUCGUUCUUUAUUCAUUUUACUGCGUUUCAGUUCUUUUUACGUCGACCGUGCGAUUUAGUUCUCUCACUAGUCGUCUCACCUGAAAUGAUAUUGUACGAUUAUUAAUUUUUUUUCCUCCACGUUAUGAAUUAUGAAUAGUAUACCACCAGGAAUUUCCUGCUUCGUUUAAACUGCUUCCGUCAUUACAGAUUGGGUCAUGUUCUUGAAGUAGUCCAGGGCACAGGAGAUGAUUUGAGAUGAGAUGAUUCAUUUGUAGGCUACAUCACAUGCAACUAUGCAUCUUUCUUUACCACUUGUUUUUGUGUGUGUGUGUGUGUGUGUGUGUGUGUGUGUGUGUGUGUGUUUUUUGUUCUCCAACACAUCACAGUGUGAAUCACAGGUUAAAUCAGGAGUUCAGGCCUGUAGGCUUGAGAGAAACACAAGUUAGGAGCGCUGACUUGCUGUACAUUUCACUUUUACCGCCGAAUGAAUGUCCGUAAUGUUUAUAACCCAGACGUGCCAAUACGACCUAGUGUGUGUCACUAGCUUGUCGGUCUUGCAUCUUGUGUACUACUGUUCUACUGUAAGAGUAGAAGUGGAGAAAAUGAAACCGUGUGUGUGAGCGUUAAUGCUUCAGUGCACUAAGAUUUAGGACUGGAUUCACACCUGAAGUGCCUAACCUAAUGUAUAGUCUUUAACACUGCGUCCAUGCCGAACACUGUCUCUCUAUGCCAAACCUUUUUUCAGAAAAUAAAUAUAUUUUAUUAUUUAUUAAAAAGGCUUCACAAAGCAACUCUUGUCUGAGAUUUAUUUAUUUAUCUAUUUAUUUAUCUAUUUAUUUAUUUAGUCCUUAACCUGUUGCUUCUUUCAUGUGAUGAAUGGUUUCGAAAGUGUCGUAUUACAGUAAGAGUGGUGUUUUCCGGCGCUUGGGGAGUUUAAUAGUUUGCUGAUUUUGCAAAAAGUGUAGAUGAGAAAAUCUUUUCCCGUCACACUGGGCAGGAGAUGCUAUAUGAGCUUAACAAACACUAAUUAAUAAUUAUUUAUUCUUAUUUAUUUAUCGAGCAAAAAUUCCCCGAGGCUAAAAAGCGGCUAAUCCGAACGAUCAUCGGAAUCGGCGAAUCGUUUUACCGACUCGGAUCUUUUGAAUCUCGUUCGGCAAAACGAACGAAUAUCCGGACAUUCGGUUUAUUCCUUCCGUUUCGUUUGACUCUGACCAGUAGACUCCGGGAGGCGAACUAAUCUUUUCUAUCUCCCGUACACAGCCUGUGCGGUUUUCACGUGACGAACGAACGAAUCGCUCUGAUACGACUCGUUAUUUGCGAGUCGUAUAAAAGAUUCGUU